AUCGGAAGUUCUUCCGCGCUCCUCGUCCUCCGUUCGUUCACUGUCUGGAGAAGAUGGCGGACGGCGAAAAUAAACGGGCCGCUUCUGAAGAGACCGAGGUUCGGUGAACCGGAGCACGGCGCAGUUGGCGAAACCGAGCCGGUGAAGGCGGAACCGGAGCUGAUGGACGAGUCACUAAACAACAACAACCACCGAACCGAACCAGAACCAAAGCCAGAGCUCUCCGGUGUCCAUCCCAAUGGUUUCACAUCUCCUGAUCUUCCUCACACUGAUGAUGAUGAUGAUGAUGAUGACUGCUCGUCUCACGCCAGCUCCAGUGACUGGACGCCUCAACUACAGAUCGGCUCGUAUCGGUUCAUGAGAGGAACCGACCCGAGGGCCAUUCUGAGAGACCUGCUUCCCGAAACGGUUCUCCCGGCGGAUCUGCACGACAUGACGCUGUGGCAGAUCAUCAUCAACAUCUCAGAACCGCCCAAAAGAAAGAAACGCAAAGACGUCAACACGUUAGAGGACGUGGUGCGGCUCCUGACGGAGAGGAAGAAGAUUCUGGUGCUCACGGGUGCUGGGGUGUCUGUUUCCUGCGGGAUUCCUGACUUUCGGUCUCGAGACGGCAUAUACGCUCGACUCGCUGUCGACUUUCCUGACCUCCCUGAUCCUCAAGCCAUGUUCGACAUAGACUACUUUAGAAGAGAUCCGACUUUUUUCAAAUUUGCCAAGGAAAUCUACCCGGGACAGUUCCAGCCGUCUCCAUGUCACCGGUUCAUCUCGAUGCUGGAUAAGAAGGGAAGGUUAUUAAGGAACUACACUCAGAAUAUCGACACGCUGGAGCAGGUGGCUGGGAUCCAGAACAUCAUUCAGUGUCAUGGCUCCUUUGCGACUGCUUCCUGUCUUGUCUGUAAACAUAAGGUUGACUGUGAAGUCGUAAGGGAGGAUAUAUUCAACCAGGUUGUUCCACACUGUCCGAGGUGUCCGGCAAAUGUCCCCUACGCCAUCAUGAAACCAGACAUCGUCUUCUUCGGCGAGAACCUUCCAGAGUUCUUCCACCAAGCCAUGAAGCAGGAUAAAGAUGAGGUGGAUCUUCUGAUCGUCAUCGGCUCCUCACUGAAAGUCCGGCCGGUGGCUCUCAUUCCCAGCUCUGUACCUCAUGAUGUCCCUCAAGUACUGAUCAACCGCGAGCCGCUGCCGCACCUGAACUUCGACGUGGAGCUGCUCGGAGACUGUGACGUCAUCGUGAACGAACUCUGCCAUCGUCUGGGGGGCGACUUCCAGCAGCUGUGCUACGACUCGUCCCGUCUCAGCCAGAUCACGGAGAAACCGUCCACAGGAGCGUCAGAGGACACGUCACCGUCUCUCGAGAAGAAGGAACCGCAGACAGAACCGCAUGCUGAAGUGCGUAGACGAUGCUGGAGAAGACGAGUCUGGCAGAGUCCAAUCAGCAAACGACUCGGAGCCUCGCAGUAUUUAUUCCAAGCACCGAACCGCUACGUCUUCCGCGGCGCUGAGGUCUACUCGAGUUCAGAGGACGAGUCGUCCAGCUCCUGCGACAGCGACGUCGAGGAAGAAAGCCCAGACAAAGACACCGAGACACUACAGGAGCGUGAACACAUACGCCUUCAAACACAAUGCACUGCAGAAACACAUCCACAAUCCACUCAGUAACUCACCAGCACUCGCUGCGUUUAAUGUCCUCAAGUCUGUUUUAUAUAUUUUUGUAUCUUCUCACUCCUAAACGCCUGCUUUGUCUUCUAAUGCAUGCGACUUCUUUCAUUUGUUCGGUUUGUUAUCCUUUCUUUUGUUUCACCAGCAGCCUGUUUUUAGAUGUUAAAUACGUGUUUAAUUCCGGUGAAUGUUUCUGCCGGAGAACUGAACAUGCCAUGUACUUGCUUGGGAUAAAAAAAAGGGAAUGAUUUUCAAACCAAAGACCACUUUUUCUGUAUCGUUUUCAUGUUUUACACAAUGUGCACCAAGACAUUUGGCAGCUACGAUCAGCCUACUGUUUACGUCUUUUAUACCCAGUAAAGUCUGAUAGACAUCAAGUGGAUGUUUUCGGUUUCUAAACCUGUAGAAAGACAUUAUUUACAUGCAUUCACACUUGUCUGGUUCCUGUCCUCAA